AGACCUCUGGCUCUGGCCGGGCGCCUGCAGUGGGGAACUUCAGACUUUCACUGGAGUCAGGCCCGGCCAACUUCAGGAUCUCCGAUGGCCAAUGAGGCGAGCCCUUGCCCGUGCGACAUUGGCCACAGGCUGGAGUACGGCGGGAUGGGCCGCGAGGUGCAGGUGGAGCACAUCAGGGCUUAUGUCACCAGGCCCCCUGCCGACACGGGCAAGGCCGUCAUCGUCGUGCAGGACAUAUUUGGCUGGGAGCUGCCCAACACCAGGUACAUGGCUGACCUCAUCGCAGGAAAUGGAUACACAACCAUCGUCCCAGACUUCUUCGUGGGGAAAGAGCCGUGGAGCCCCUCUGCGGACAUGAAAACCUUCCCUGAGUGGUUUAAGUCCAGAGAUGCCAGGAAGGUGGACAAGGAGGUGGACGCUGUGCUGCGGUACCUGACACAGCAGUGUGGGGCCCAGAAGGUGGGCAUCGUGGGCUUCUGCUGGGGCGGCAUCGUGGUGCACCACGUGAUGACCAAGUACCGGCAGAUCAGGGCGGGGGUGUCCGUCUACGGUCUCUCUGCUGACCCAGAAAUUGAAGCAACACUGCAGGGUGGAUCAUCAAGUGAAGACUUUCACGGGGCAGACCCACGGCUUUGUGCACCGCAAGAAGGAAGACUGCCAGCCGGCAGACAAGCCCUACAUCGACGAGGCCCGCAGGAACCUGGUGGAGUGGCUGCACAAGUUCGUGUAGCAGCCGGCGGGCUCACACCUCACUCUUGCUUCGUCCCAACUGACCGGAAGUGCCUCGCUCAUUUAGUUUUACUUAAAAAAAUAUAAAUGUGGGGAUGCUGGAAUUAAAUUGAUCUGAAAUCAACUGGGGAAAAACUGAUGUAUGGAAAUAAUCUUGUAUGUGUGUAUCAGUGAAAACUAAAAAAACUGGUAGGAGAGCAGUAAGGAGAGUCCUGGGGCUGCUGAGGGCUGCCCACCGGUGGUGUCCUCACUGCGGCGAGCACGCCCGGGGUGGGGGCUGAGGCUCAUCAGCUGUUCACCUGUCUUAGAGCCUCCCGUCUCACGUCUGUGUAAGGCCGAAGUAGUUUCUACUGACUUCACUGUAUUGGAUAAUGAACUGAUUUGUUUUUCCCUGAAGCUAACAGCAGAGGGUGGUGUAGCUGUUGUCCUUUCUCGACGCUGGCUCUGGGUCCCGGGCUCAGUUCUGCCCUUCACUCUGUGGCCCUAGGGAGGGAACCCAGGUGUUCUACACAGGGCUGUGCCCCUGGCCAUUAUCAUUUUGAGCAGGGCUUGUGGAAGCGCCCAGGAUGGCCUUGAACCCGUCCUCCUGCCUCAGGAUGCUGAGUGGCUGGGGUUUCUGCCGGGCAGCACCGCACCCCAAUCCCCGACUUUGCUCUGCA